UGGGUGUAUCCCAGGGUGUGACCCCCCCGCCUUACCCACCACCCCACCUUCAGCUGUGGGUGACGUGGAACAAACUGAAUGGGUGUGAGCCUGAGAGAGAGAAAGAGAGAACGUGUACAGCAUGGCGUCCGCAGGGGAGAGCCGCCAGGGGGUGAAGGAUGCCGCCGACCAGAACUUUGACUACAUGUUCAAGCUGCUCAUCAUCGGCAACAGCAGCGUGGGCAAGACGUCCUUCCUGUUCCGCUACUCGGACGACACGUUCAGCUCGGCCUUCGUCAGCACCGUGGGCAUCGACUUCAAGGUGAAGACCGUCUACCGUAACGACAAGCGCGUCAAGCUGCAGAUCUGGGACACCGCCGGGCAGGAGCGCUACCGCACCAUCACCACGGCGUACUACCGCGGAGCGAUGGGCUUCCUGCUCAUGUACGACAUCACCAACGAGGACUCCUUCAACGCCGUGCACGACUGGGCGACGCAGAUCAAGACGUACUCGUGGGACAACGCCCAGGUCAUCCUCGUGGGCAACAAGUGCGACCUGGAGGACGAGCGCGUGAUCGCCAUGCAGCGCGGCAAGCAGCUGGGCGACCAGCUGGGCUUCGAGUUCUUCGAGACGAGCUCCAAGGACAACAUCAACGUGCGGCAGACGUUCGAGCGUCUCGUGGACGUCAUCUGCGAGAAGAUGGCCGAGAGCCUGGACACCGACCCGGCGCUCGCCAGUGGCAAGAAGAGCACCCAGCUCACGGACACCCCGCCCCGACCCGACUCCAACUGCGCCUGCUAGGGGGGGGGGCCACUGCCCCCCCCU